GGAGAGGUGACUCGAACGCGUGUGAGGAAGAUUCCCCUCAGACAGCGACGGCUCCUUUUCUUUCUCAGUUUUGCAAUGGAAGCAGCUCAUGAGGAUGAACUUCACCUGCAUUGUGAAGAUCCACAUAAGAAAUAUGAACCCAACAAGAAACUGACAGGAGCAAGUACAGAUAUUGAAAAGCUUUAUCAAGCAGUGCCACAGCUUGGAAGUAUGUUCAAAAUUAAGGGGAAAAUUGGUGAAGGUACGUUUAGUUCUGUUUACUUGGCCAUAGCCCAAUUACGAGGAGGCCGUGAAGAAAAAGUGGCUUUGAAACACCUGGUCCCUACUAGUCACCCUUUACGAAUUGCUGCUGAACUUCAGUGUCUUAUAGUAGCUGGGGGACAGGAUAACGUCAUGGGAGUUAAAUAUUGCAUUAGAAAAAAUGAUCAUGUGGUUAUUAUUAUGCCUUAUCUGGAACAUGAAUCCUUUUUGGAUAUCUUGAACUCUCUCUCUUUUGAAGAAGUAAAAGGUUAUAUGUUCAACCUCAUUAAAGCACUGAGGCGCAUUCAUCAUUUUGGUAUUGUUCACCGGGACAUCAAACCCAGUAACUUCCUAUAUAACAGACAACGGAAAGAAUACGCCCUGGUUGACUUUGGUUUGGCACAAGGAACUCCUGACACAAAAAUAGAUCUUCUCAAGGUUGCCCAGUCUGAAGCCCAGAAGGGAAGUUUUGCAUACAAGCCUCACCUAACUUUGGGAAGUCAGGUUUCUGUCAUUUCCACAGCACCUAGACAGCUAGUUCAUCAAUCAGCCUCAAAAACUGGUACUAAAAGGCCCUCUUCCUUUUCACAAACACAGAUUAAACAAGGACACAAAAGAAAGGAGGGGUCUGAGUGGCAUUCUGUUCAGCGAUCUGUCUUUGGGGAGAGAAAUUUCAAUGUCCGAAGUUCCACAUUACAAGAUGGCUCCACUGUUAAACUCAUAAAGCAUUCCAGGGUGACAGAUAUUGCAUCUAGAAAAUUGUCAGCAAAGAAGAAAACUGCUGUGAACAACGGCUUAGCCAAAAAAGCUGCCAGCACUUGUCCGGCUAAUUUGACCUGUGACUGUUAUGCAAAAGAUAGAGUCUGCAGUAUUUGUCUCUCAAGGCGUCAGCAGGUUGCCCCAAGGGCAGGCACACCUGGAUUCAGAGCACCAGAGGUAUUAACCAAGUGCCCUAUUCAAACUACAGCAAUUGACAUAUGGGCUGCAGGAAUCAUAUUCCUUUCUCUGUUGAGUGGCCGGUAUCCAUUUUAUAAAGCAAGUGAUGAUUUAACAGCUUUGGCACAGAUCAUGACUAUUCGUGGAUCCAAGGAAACUAUUCAGGCUGCUAAAACAUUUGGUAAAUCAGUAUUGUGCAGCAAAGAAAUCCCAGCACAGGAUUUAAGAAAGCUCUGUGAAAGGCUGAGAGGAAAAAGUAUUAACUCUGAUAUUUCAACAGGUGAUAUACAACAGGUGAUCAACCCUUCUCGGGAACAUAUGUUACCAGCUGAAAUAAGCAAUAGUUCAGAGUUUGUGUCUCAGACACCUCAACAAUACAUCCAGUAUCAGAAGAAAAGCUGCCAUGAAGGUGAUGGCAUGAAUGUUAGGAUUUCAGAAAAAGCAGCUGAUCUGAAAGGAUGGGACAGUGUCCCUGAUGAGGCCUAUGAUCUUCUUGAUAGGCUGCUAGACCUAAAUCCUGCUUCAAGAAUAACCGCAAAGGAUGCCUUGCUCCAUCCUUUUUUCAAAAAUAUGAAGCCAUGAAAAUACACUUAACUCCUAAUUUCCCUUCACUUACUGCAUAGAAUAGUAGUACUGGAAGUAUUUACCUUUAAAUGAAAUCAAGGUCCCAACAGGGAACUUUGUUUUCAUUUAUAUGGCUUCAUAACAGCAUGUAUCUUGCUGUAACUAUACAGCUGAUCAUCUAUUAAAUAUACUUCUGGUGGAAGACUGACAACAGACUGUUUAUUAUUGGGUCACAUUUUUUUCAGGGUAAUGUACCUAAUUGUUUCUGAUAUUGCUGCACCACUGAGGUACAUUUACAGGCCUGUUUUCUGUGGUCUGGCUGUUGAACUUAAAUUGCACUACACCUCUUUGCAUCCCAGAGAAAGGCAAAUGAGGUCUGCACAUUGUCAGAAACAGUCUGUCUGAAAUUCUCUUGUCCCAUGUG